AUGGGUAAGGCAAAAUUUCUGGCUGCUGAAGGAUGCGUUGAGUGGAAAUUUAAGAAGGCAAUUGGCCAAAGAAUAUGCCAACUUACUGCGACUGUGUGCACCUCUGAUAUAACCACUAAUGAUGGUACAAGAAAUUCAUGGAGAAACUCUAAACCACCCAUAUCGAUGCAAUUUAAUAUGGGUGGAUUCUCCACCAGUGGGUAUCGUGUAAUGUAUUUAAAAGUCGAAGAGCCAGUAUUAAAGUAUUCGACGGUCAAAACAGUGGAAUAUUCUUCUAGCGCUAAAAGCUAUGAAAUUAGAAUUUAG